CACACUCCGUCAAGCGGCGCGCUUUCGACCGCAUCGGAACUUUCUCUCACCUCUCUACGCAUAUUUUCGGGCCACUCAGCAACCGGACGAAGAGUUGCCGAUCAAGUCCGUAGCCGGGCGGGGCAGCAUCCCGAGCUUACCACCGAAGGAGUUUACUACGCAGCAACUCCCAGUAUGGAGGCCGUUCCGGAUACGGCGGUUGAGUCUCCGGCCUCGGGCUUUGGCGCCGAUACGGAUGCCAAGCGGCGCAGGAUCCGCAAGGGCACCCGCAGCUGCUGGGAAUGCAAGCGCCGCAAAGUCCGCUGCUCGUACUCGACGCCGUCAGCAUCGGUGUGCAUCGGAUGUGACCGACGAGGUUCCAGUUGCGUUAGCCAGGCAUAUCCCGAGGAGGCGGCUCCAGCUACUUCGGCAGGAGGCCGGGGCCGGCAGAUGGGCGACCGGAUUGUGCGCGUCGAGGCCCUGAUUGAGCAGUUGGUCAGGCGAGUUGGCGAUCAGAGCAAUGCCUCGACUGCAAGGACUGACUCUGCAGCACUGAUUGAGGAAGAUCCGAGUGAGUGUGACGGUCCUAACACGGUUUUCUUCAUUCCUGGGUCGAGCAAUGGAGUGGAAGCGACCCGCGUCUUGACCGUCCGUGAGCCUCCAACACUAGACGUGAGACUAGAAACCAGUCAUCUAGAAGGGUCGUACUCGUCGCCCGUCCUACCAACACCCCAGUCUAUCACGCCUCUAAAACGGAGCACUCUUUCCAGAGAACCUCUGUACGGGGACAUUUCAGCCGCUCUGCACGCCGCCCUCCCGCCCCGCAAAGACAUCGACCUGAUGAUCAAAGCAGGCCUCAACAUCUCGUUCGACAAACUCAUGAUGCAGCCCCACGCCGUGUUGGCCCAGAAGCCCGGCGGCGGGAGGGCGGACCUCGAGGAGAUGCCCGAAACAACAGCCCACCCAGCUCUAAUCGCCAAGUAUCUGCUCGUCCUAGCCACCUGCUUUCAGUAUGUAAAUCCAGAACUUCACGCCGACGAGAUUCGCUGCCUAUCGGAACCGCCGCACCAACUCAUGCAUCGACUGGCGGACACGGCGUAUGCCCUAGUCAUCAACAACGACGACUUCUUGGGCUCCGUCGAGUUUCUCGAGUGUGUCAUGCUCGAGGCCUUUUUUCAGGCCAACAGCGGCAACCUACGACGCGCUUGGUUUGGCUGCCGACGCGGCAUGGUGGUUGCGCAGAUGAUGGGCCUUCAUCGGAGCGGCAGUCGGCAAACAUUGAAGGUCGUCGGCCCAACUCAACCUCUCUAUCCCAAUUACAUCUGGUUCCGCAUCGUUUGGGCAGAUCGCCAACUCUGCUUGAUGCUGGGUCUGCCACAGGGCUCCCUGGACGUCUCAAUAGCAUCUGAAGUCGCCCUUGCAGGUGACACCGCUUCAGACCAGUUUGAGCGCAAGCAGUCCGUCAUUGCCUCGCGCAUCAUCGAGCGAAACGAAUCAUCCGAUCCUGCCGUCAUGGAAGACUUCGCAGCCCUACAAGAGCUUGACGCCGAACUCCAAAAGACGGCAAACGAAAUGGGGAGCAAGUGGUGGCUGCCUCCCAUUCUUGCUAACAUACACGACCCCGAGGAGGCGUUUUGGGAGACGCUGCGCCUGCUCGAGCAGAUGAUCUACUUCAAUCUGCUCAACAUGCUACAUCUACCUUAUAUGCUACGAUCAAGCGCGCCCAGUGAGAGCACCACCGGUUAUAACCUCGAGUAUAGCAAGCUAUCAAGCGUCAAUUCAUCACGCGAGCUACUAACGCGCUUCAUCAUGUUCCGCUCCUUCAACCGCGUGGCUUUUUGCAGUCGAUCAACCGACUUCCAUGCACUUAUAGCCGCCAUGACUCUGGUCAUCGCGCACCUCGACGGGCAUCGCAAGCAGCGGCAGGGAGCUGGCAUGGCGGGAAUCAACUUGCUAGCGCACCAGAGAAACAGCGACCGGGCGAUGAUGGACCAAGUUCUUGAGAGCAUGGAGGGCGUCGCAAAGCUGAGCACCGAUGUGCUGAGCGAGCGCAGUUCCAGCUUAUUGAAGAGCCUACUAGCCCUCGAGGCCGAUGCUGCCAAGGGAAAGUUCGACAACGCUGCGGCGGUCAUGACAGAACUACACCCUGACUCGGCGACAGACGAUGGGCAUUCACUCCGGAUCAGCAUCCCCUACUUUGGCACUAUCCAGAUCAGCCGUGAGGGUGUCCUCUCAAUAGAAGCACCGCGGUGCACUACACCACCUUCGCCUUUACCACAGCGGCAUCCCAACGCCAAAGCAGCCAAUUUAUUACCGGCAACACGCGCUUCUGACGCCGGCUACACCGCCGACCCGACCCCGUCCUCAUUCAACGACGCGACAUCGCGGAUGUCUCCUAAUACGCAGCAAAGGCAUCAAACUGCCCAAAUACCUCCCGCCGCACCUCAGACACAACAGCCAUUUGCACCGCAGUUCUCGAGCGCCAUCAAUGAUGCCCUGCAGCGGCAGUACACGUACCCGGGAUUGACUGCGGGAGUUGAUGACUGGGCAUUCCAGGGAGUAGACAUGACAUUUUUCGACAGCUUGAUGAGGGGGUCAGAAGCGGAAAAUGUGGCUGAUGAUGACGGUUUGGCGAGAUGGGACGAUGCCCCAUAGGACUGUGGAUACGAGAUGCCUUCGCGAUUGUCUAAUAAUGGCAAAUUCAAUAUCGAUGGCGAUAUAUAGUUUUGAUGAUGCGGUCAAAUGGCGGCCUGCAUAUCCGUAGAUGAUGAAACCGCAAACCUCGACUUGGCGGUGGAUCAUCUGUUCACAUGAACAUCUCUCCUCCGAUUUUCAGACGAAUAAGUCAGACGACACACACACUCAACUCUAAAUUAAUAUUCACAUGAUCGAGUGUCCGCUAGAAGACUCAAAUAAG